AUGGGCAGUAAGGGGCAGGAGGACGAGAGGCGCGGCUCGUAUGCUCCCGAUGAUGAUGGGCACACCAGUGGCAGCGAUGGCGAGUACCAAAAGCCCGUCGAGGUUUGCCCUCCCUUGUCUUCUUCUCAUCUCCCGUGGGCCGUGACGCCCACCUUCAUCCAUGAAGUCACCUUCGACCCCAGCAGCCCGUACCGCCGCAAAAGCUCGCUCGUGUCUGCUGAGGCGCCAUUGAUGAUCCCGGCGAGGCAUGUCAGGCGGAACACCGAUUGCAUGGUUCAUCAGUUCCUUCAGGCGCAGAAAGCCCACCACGACCCUCGAGGCCAGCAGGCCGGCCCGGAUCACUACCAGGCGCAUGGUGCAUACGACCGCCCGGGCCAGCAGCCAUCCAAAGACCUGUCGGCGAGGCGGAUCACAAGAGUCGCGCCCAUAUCCUGGGGCCCGGCGUUUCGGGCGAGGAUGUGGACGGCCAGGCUGACGAGCAGGCGUGGCGCAACGAGAUUAUCAAGUCCGAGUCCCAAGUCAACAUGGCGGGCGCGCAGAAAACACGCGGUCGACGAAUCGGUCCACUCCAAGGACGAGCUGCAUAGCCGCCUCCUCACGAAGAAGCAGCUGAGCGACAUGGCCUGGGGCGUGCGUGAGCUCAGCAGACGACUCAGCAGCAUGCGCAUCCGGUUCCGCGUCAAGACCAUCUUUCUCCUGACCAAGAUUCAUGAUGCAGAUCUCAUCCCUCGGACUAGGGAGCUGGUCAAGUGGCUUCUGGGUCGUGACCACGAGGUCCGGUACACCGUCUAUGUCGAGAACAAGUUCCGAGACAGCAAGAAGUUCAAUGCCUCUGGUCUCCUGGACGAGCUGCGGUCGGAAUACGUCGAGGCGGGCGAGCUCCGGGUGGAUGACAGCGGCGAGUCCAUCUCCAAGCGGCUGCGAUACUGGGACGACGAAAUGUGCCGCACGCGACCGCACACGUUUGACUUCAUCAUCACCCUCGGCGGUGACGGCACAGUCCUCUAUGCGAGCUGGUUGUUCCAGCGUAUCGUGCCUCCCAUCCUCAGCUUCGCGCUCGGCAGUCUCGGAUUCCUCACAAAGUUUGACUUUGAGGACCAUCGAUCCAUCUUAACAAACGCAUUCAACAAGGGCGUCACCGUGAGCCUGCGGCUGCGGUUCGAGGGCACCAUCAUGAGGAGUCAGAAGCGUAUCAGCACAAACGACGCGGCCAGCAGCACGAGCUCGCUGGACGACGAGAAUGCAGGCAGGGAUCUCGUCGAGGAGCUCAUCGGCGAGGAGAAGGACAAUGAGCACACGCACAAGCCCGACGGCACCUAUGAGAUUCUGAAUGAGAUUGUCGUGGACCGCGGCCCCAAUCCAACCAUGUCGUACACUGAGAUCUUUGGCGACGACGAACACUUCACAUCAGUGCAAGCCGACGGCAUCUGCGUCUCGACGCCCACCGGCUCGACCGCGUACAACCUGGCGGCCGGCGGCUCUCUCUGCCACCCGGAGAACCCCGUCAUGCUCGUGACGUCCAUCUGCGCCCACACGCUCUCGUUCCGCCCCAUCAUCCUGCCCGACACGAUCGUGCUGCGCGUCGGCGUGCCCUACACGGUGCGCACCAACUCGUGGGCGAGCUUCGACGGCCGCGAGCGCGUCGAGCUGCACCCGGGCGACUACGUCACCAUCAGCGCGAGCCGCUACCCCUUUGCCUCGGUGCAGGCGCACGGCCGGCGGAGCGAGGACUGGGUCAACAGCAUCAGCGGCAAGCUUGGGUGGAACACGAGGCAGAAGCAAAAGGCGUACAAGCAGUGGAACUAA